UCAUAAUUUCCAGAAAGUUGUUGAUCCGGACUUUGACUGUGCAUCAUAGUGUUCUCCAUCACCAGUUUAAUCUAUCACUCCCUACUACGGUACGGCAAGAAUUUAAUUGUGGUGUUUAUUACUUUCAAAGUACAAUUACACAAAUCACCAAAGAAGGUUCAAUAAGGUACUAUCAAGCUCAACAUCAGAGACAAUCAAAUGCAUCCUGCACAGAUCGUGUUGUAUGGAUCCACUUUGUGCGUCAUGAUAACAGUUCACUUUGCUAUGAAGCUACUCGCAGAACAUGUUUCAAACUGGAGGAAACCAAAGGAGCAAAAGGCCAUAGUAAUUAUAAUCCUUAUGGCCCCAUUGUAUGCUGUAGACUCCUAUGUUGGUUUGAUCAAUUUCUUUGGAAGUGAAGCAUUUUUCACACUGUUGGACUCCAUUAAAGAGUGUUAUGAGGCUCUGGUGAUUGCUAAGUUUUUGAGCUUGAUGUACAGUUAUUUGAACAUUUCCUUGAGUAAGAACAUAGUGCCGGAUGAGAUCAAGGGAAGAGAGAUUCACCAUUCAUUUCCGAUGACACUUUUUCAGCCUCACACUACACGUUUGGACCAUAAGACACUGAAGCUUCUCAAAAACUGGACUUGGCAAUUUGUUGUGAUACGUCCGGUGUGCUCAAUCCUGAUGAUAACACUGCAGUAUUUUGAUGUUUAUCCCAGUUGGGUCAGCUGGGCAAACACAAUCAUCCUAAACAUUUCAGUGUCACUUGCACUCUAUUCUCUUGUUGUUUUCUACCACGUGUUUUCUAAAGAGUUGGAACCGCAUAAGCCUCUUGCCAAGUUUUUGUGCAUAAAAGGAAUUGUCUUUUUCUGCUUUUGGCAGGGAAUUGUGCUUGAUCUCCUGGCAGCAUUGGGAAUAAUCCGAUCCCGUCACUCCUGGUUAACUGUGGAACGCAUUGAAGAAGGCUACCAAAACAUUUUGGUUUGUAUUGAGAUGGUUUUCUUCUCUAUAUAUCAGCAAUAUGCGUAUACAGCUGCACCAUACAAGGCUUAUAACGAAAGUAAUGUAGCUUUAGAUAAAAAGUCAAAGUGAUUCCAGGACAAGGAUUGUUGAGUACUUUUAAAUUCAAUGUAUUUACUUUCUAUAUCAGUGCUGAUCCUCACUUGUGCGUGAGACAAUAAGUAAAUAAAUGUGCAAGAAAUGCCAAAGUCUUUUGAAUAAGAUGCAGAUACAUUGACACUA